CAGUCCCCCUUCAUCAUCCUUCCUUAGUCCCCCAAUUUCCCCCAUAUUUUUUUCAUUUCAAUUCUCCUCCUUAAUUUACUCUAGGGUUUUACGUCAGAAUAUUCCAAACCCAGAUCAAAAUCCCAUACCCCGCAUAAAUAUCCUAAUUCCCUUCAAUCCCACUCCAGUUGAUCUACAUUCAUUGUCAAUGUUGCGUUGCUGAACCAUUUGAUUCAGUUUCUUACAAUCUUUCCUGCAAUCUCGGAAAUCUUGCCUCGUCAGCUUCUCCUUGUCUUUUGCAAUGGCUGCGCCGAGGAAUGUGUCGAGAGACGAAGAGAGCGCGGCGGCCAAUAGCAGCAAGGAGGACGAUGAUUAUUCCCGCACAGGUAAGCGGUUCAAAUCCGACAAGUUUCCGCUUAGCAGAUGGGAAUUCGCUGCGUUUUCUGGGGUUUUCGUGAUCUUCUCUGCCGGCUUGUUCUGCAUCUACCUCACCAUGCCUGUUGCAGAGUACGGGAAGCUUAAGUUGCCCCGCACCGUAUCUGAUCUCCGUUUGCUCAAAAACAAUCUCACAAUGUAUGCAAACAACUACCCAGCACAAUUCAUCCUGGGUUACUGCUCAACUUACAUCUUUAUGCAGACAUUUAUGAUUCCAGGAACAAUUUUCAUGUCUUUGCUAGCUGGAGCUCUCUUUGGUGUUGUUAGAGGCCUUUUCUUAGUUGUCUUCAAUGCCACAGCUGGGGCAUCCUCCUGCUUUUUUUUGUCGAAGUUAAUUGGCAGGCCCUUGGUUAGUUGGUUGUGGCCUGAAAAGCUAAAAUUUUUUCAGGCAGAGAUUGCAAAGCGCAGGGACAAGCUGCUGAAUUAUAUGCUCUUUUUGAGAAUAACUCCAACUUUACCCAACCUCUUUAUCAAUUUGGCAUCUCCAAUUGUUGACAUACCGUUUCACGUUUUCUUUUUGGCAACUUUCAUUGGUCUUAUACCAGCCUCCUAUAUAACUGUCAGAGCUGGCCUUGCUCUCGGAGACCUCAGAUCUGUCAAGGAUCUGUAUGAUUUCAAAACUUUGGCUGUGCUUUUCCUCAUUGGAUCUGUCUCCAUAGUUCCUACCCUCCUGAAGAGAAAGAGAAUAUAUGAAUGAAGGUUAAUAUUCAUAAGGUGCCUUUCUCCCCCUCCUGGCAAAGGUGGCUUACAAUUGAUAUCUUUUCAAUUGGUAAAUCGCAGAUUCUAAGGAAUAGAGCUACAAAUCACGGUGGUGAUCCUUUUCUCUGCCGUAGAAUAGCUCUAGUAUUCAGGCUUGCAUGAUACACGGAACUCGUCGUAGUCACCGCUGAUAAAAGACCAAAAAAGAAUUCUUUUUUCUACUAGAUGUAUGUUAGUUCCACUAUCUCCCCAUAUGAAAUUAUGUACAUACCAUUGGGGGCAAGAAAUUCACUAGAAAGAUGUCGUAGCUCUGUUGACUUGCUAAUGGUGUUUGAAGGCAGCAUGAUCGGAUAAACUAGCUGUCAUACAUGUAAAGAUUGUUUAUGUACUUCUUAACAUUAAUAAUAGGUUUUGUUCGUU